GUGCCGUGACGCUAGGGACGCGCUGACGUUUCAGGGUCACGCACGACGCGACCGCGCACCCGGAAGCGAGGUGCGGCUGCCGGUGUCGCUCCCGCUCCCGUCAUGUGAAGCGGCAGGACACACUCCGCUGGGUGGCGAUGGAGCCCACGGCCUCGCAGGUCUUCUGCGGGCGGGUGCUGGGCAUGGUCAAUGCUGAGGACGUCAACGCCAUCAUCCUGGCCCAGAAGAACAUGUUGGAUCGAUUUGAGAAGACCAACGAGAUGCUGCUCAACUUCAACAACCUCUCCAGUGUGCGCAUGCAGCAGAUGCAUGAGCGUUUCCUGCACCACACCAAGACGCUGGUGGAAAUGAAGAAGGAUCUGGACAGCAUCUUCCGGAGGAUCCGGACGCUGAAAGGCAAGCUGGCAAAGCAGUACCCGGAGGCUUUCAGCAACAUCCACGAAUCUCCCAUCCUGGAAGACGACGACGACUUCGACCCCGUCCCCCAAAGCACGACGACCACCAUCGCUACCUCUGAGCAGAGCACCGAGUCCUGUGACACCAGCCCCGACAUCAUCUCCCCCACCACGAGUCAGGAGUUUGAGGACCUAUCCCAAGGCCACUACGAUUUGCCGGCGGUCAACGGACAGAGUCUCACAGACGAAGACACGGCCGAGGGCCUGGACUGAGUGUGCAGCUCCUGCAGAACUUUCUAUCCUGUAUUUAUAUUUGUGUGUUUCUUUUGCCUUCGGAAGGGGGUGGGGGAAAAGAGGGCAGUGAGGGCCGAGGGCAGCAGGGUGGUGGUGUCCUGCCUCUGCGCUGCCACCGGAGUGUAAACCCUGCCCCUCGCUGCGGGGUGGCUAAGUAAAGCGUGGCUUUGAAA